CCAGCCAAUCGCCGAGCCGGAUACGAAGUAGCCCGUUCGUAUUCGCACAUUCGACGCGCGGCUCAUCGGGCAGUCCUCACUCUACCUUCUUCAAAUGGUGGCUAACGGCAGUGAUGUCGAUCGUUCACGCGCUCCUCCUCUUUCCCAGGAAGAGCCCUUCCUUGUCCUCGAGCAACGAAUCUGCGGGGCUUGGUUCGUUGCUAGUUCAGUUUAGGCGGUUGUCAAGGGAGAAACAAGAUGGCGACAGCGACGGAGGAAGACACGGAGCUGAGGGAUCUCCUCGUGCAGACGCUUGAGUCUAGUGGGGUGCUUAAUAAAAUCAAGGCAGAAUUGCGAGCAGCUGUAUUUUUAGCAUUGGAAGAGCAAGAAAAAGUAGAGAACAAAACACCUCUGGUAAAUGAAAGCUUGAAAAAAUUUUUAAACACAAAAGAUGGUCGAUUGGUGGCUAGUCUGGUUGCUGAAUUUCUCAAAUUCUUCAAUCUUGAUUUUACUUUGGCUGUUUUUCAGCCUGAAUCAAGCACCUUAAAUGGUCUUGAGGCUCGAGAGAAUUUAGCACGAGACUUGGGAAUUAUAGAAGCUAAAGCUAUAGUAGAUGGGCCCUUGCUGCUAGAAGUGGUCAGAAGAUGUCAGCAGAAAAAAGGAGUUUCUAAUAUCGGAGAGGUAGCUGCAAUAAAAUCUGACAGUGUACAUUCUCCUCCAAAAUCAUCAGAUGGAAGAUCUAAUAUACACUCAUUGCCGAGUAAAAUACCAAGGUAUAAAGGACAUCGUAAACAGAAAAGGUGCUUGGAUACAGCUGAGCAGGUUACUGAAACAAGUCAUAGUGAUACAAGUGUUUUGUCUGGAGAAACAAAGAGCAAAGGCACCAUUCACUUCUUACCUAAUGAAACAAAACUAAUUUCUCAAGCAAACAAAGACAUAGAUACCAAAGAAAAGAAUAGUCUAGCAGUAGAGGAAGAUGAUGCAGAAGAAGAUUCAUUCUUUGAUGAUCCCAUACCAAAACCAGAACGAUUGUAUGGCUGGAAGAACGACUCUAGCAAAGAAGGAAAUGUUGCAUCUCUUUCUGAUGCAGCACCUGUAAAGACUGGUUUGAGCUCUUUGGCUGGAGCACCUCCACUAAAGGAGUCUGACGAUGCAAAUUCAAUUUUGAAAGAUGUAAAGAUGGUCAAUUCGAAAAUUGGAUCACUUGAACUAGGGGAUGAAGAUGAAUAUGCUGAUGACUUCAACAGCACUAGUCAUCGGUCAGAGAAAAGUGAAGCCAGCAUUGGUGAAGAAAUAGAUGAUAUUUCUGUGGAAUUAGAAGACUUCAAUACUAGUGAUAAACUUGAAGACCUCACACAAGACUUCACCAUUUCUCAAUUAAGUGGUGAUGCAGAUUAUCUAGAAGAUGUUGCAUGAAUAAAGAAAGCAAAUAUCUUAACUUGUUGGAUUGAGGACCUUUGUAGACUAUAUUUUAAGACAAUCACUCUGCUGAAAUAUCCCCUCCCAAAUUGUGCCUUGUUUCAACAGAAACCCCAACAAACUGGAGUUGGGAAAAGAGUUUUAAACUUGCAAGAAAAGAAAAAGAAAAAAGUAAUUUUGGAGUAUGACAUUGCCGUCUAGUCCAGCUAAAUCUUUUAUGGAAGGUAUUGAACAGACCCCAGAGAGAUGUCUGUUGCAGGCGACAGACACACAAGACUGAUCUACAAGAAUUCAUAAGGGAAGAAAUCCACAAUGCAGAUAAACAGUGGCAGACAUGACUUAAUGACGUAGUAACCAUCUGGCUUUUUGCUGAAGAAAACGCAGUGUUUCAGCUUGCUCUUCUGUUGACCUAAUUAUAAUUACCAGUUUCAGUACAGUAACCCUCUCUAAUCUGUUGAGGUUUCUUCAGUAGCCAGGAGAUAUGAGCCAAGAUCUUUAAAAAUAACUUAUUAGAAUGCCUGAGGCAUAUUAAAUACCUUAGUGGCUGAACUAUGAAUAUCCAUGGUUUCUAGUAAGUUGGUCCUUUGUUGCAACUUAGGUGCUUAGUUUUGUGUGGCUAAGAUCACUAGGUACUUCUGAAAAUUGCAGCUGGAAUAUGAGCCUUAACUCUAAACUUAUUUUUAUAUAUUUAAAAUUUGUUACUCUAAGAUAGCCUUUCCUUGUUAAUUUAAUGAAAGCUAUAAAUAGUUAUUCGCAUGAAGUUUUUUUCUUUGAAAUACAACUUAAUACAGAAUAAAACUGUUACAAGAGGGGCUGUUUUAAAGGUUGGAAAUGUUCUGUUAUGAGAAUCCUUCACUUAAAAAAAUUGAUGUGUGUUAUGUGUGGUCUUUUGGUUUUUUAAGUACGGGUUUUGAACAGCAUUCAAUCUGCUUCUGGGCCUCUUAAGUUGUGGAUCAUACCUCCUGCAUCAAUUUGAACCUAAAUAUAUAAAAAUGGCAAACAAUCUAAAUCAUCCUUUUGUAAGUUCAUUGAAGGCCCUUAUGCAAAUUAGGUUGUAGUCCUAAACGUGUGUAUUUUCCCUCAUUUAUUUGAAAGGAACGUGGCUGAAUGUAACUACACAGGAUUGUGGCUUUAGGAUGUAGUCCACCAAAGGCUGGCAGUACAAAAGCUUCCAGUGAAAACAUAAGGGGAAGCUGUGUAGUGGUGGUGGAUUGCAUGCUUAGUCUCAAAUCCACACCUACCCCUCCACAGUGGGACUUGUUUAUGAGCAAGUGUAUGCGGAAACAGGUUUUAACGUUAAGCUUUGAGAAAAAGGGGCAGUGAUGCAAAAGUUGACACAACUUUGCAUGAUAUAUUAUUACAUUAAGUCUUGGUCACUUUGUGAAACUGAAAUUCCAAAUGUAAUUCCGUAAGUACUGUAAAAGCAACUUCUCAGAUACAUUUAAGUAAAAAAAAAGAUUACAACUUCUGUUUGAGCAGUUUGCUUCUUGGUAUAAUAGUUAUCUCAACAAGUAUCAGUAAGCAUUGUUUUUCUUAUCAGAAACUUUCUGUAUUUGGCAGUUUAUUUUUAGGUUUAAGACUACAAACUACUUUCUUAGUAGUAGUCCUGGUAGUCAGUACUGAAGUGAUUUGUCCAUUGAAGUUGGAGACCUAAAUUUCACAUUUAUUUGAUGUGAUAAAGUUUCUACAACUUGGUA